AUGACGCUGUUUGAACACGGGAAAAUAAACAAAGAAGCCGAAGCUAAACCAGACAGACUGAGUGUUAAAGAGAACUGUUCUCUGGUUAUAAAGAAGGUCACAGUGGAGGAUGUUGGUCGUUACACCUGCAAACAGGUCAACAGAUCAGGAGAGAAACAACAGGGUGGAGACACUGUUGAUCUGUCUGUUUUUACCACGACUGAACAGAAGAAUGAUGAUAUAGUGACCUUAAACUGCUCUGUGUUGGGAUAUAAUUCAGGGUGUAAACACUCAGUGAAGUGGCUGUAUGAGGGUGAUAAGACUGACGUGAAGACAACACAGCAUUCCUGUUCAGCCACUGCAACAUUUACAACAUCUCACCUUAAUCAGAAGUCAAAGUAUAACGAGUUAUUGAAGUGUGAAGUGACAGAGGAUUCCUCAGGAGAGAAACCAGACGGGAGGUGGUGGCUGCUGAUCGUUGUGUUUGUGGCUGGUGCAGCUCUCUUAAUAAUCACUGUGGCUGUCCUCAGAUGGAGGAGAGCUAAAGGGGAAACAACACAGACAGAUGACGACAUAGCUGAUCCUGAAGGUGGCGUUUCCUACGCCUCCAUCAGCUCCACCAAGAAGACCGACAGCAGAGACCAGACCCAUGUUGAUGAUGAUGAUGCAGUGACCUACAGCGCUGUGAAAGCCUCCUCUUCUUUAUAAAAGUGUUUUUAUAAAAGUGAUGACUGUUUGGAUCAUAGAUUUAGAAAUGUAAGGUCAAAGCAAGCAGAGUCAUUAUAAGAUUGAUCCUAAAAGUUGGUCACAUUGUUUCUUUUCUUGUCUUAAUUGCAGCAAAGUGAGAAUCCAGCACCAGC